AGUCACUACAGCCCCGCCUACUUGUACUUAAGGUUACAUAUAAAAACAUAACUAUAGAUAGACUGUAAAACUACACGUGUGUGCACAUAACGUAAGAUUUAAUGCCAGUGUUUGCAUUGUACGUCUGCUUUGUUCACGUUAGAUAGUCACCGUAUAAAAAUGGGACGUAAAGUGACUCUUGCCACUUGCUCGUUGAAUCAGUGGGCUCUGGACUUUGACGGAAACUUGGAGAGAAUACUGAAGAGUGUUGAGAUUGCAAAGGCAAAUGGAGCCAAAUACCGACUGGGCCCUGAGCUGGAGAUCAGUGGGUACGGCUGUGCAGAUCACUUCUAUGAGUCGGACACUCUACUCCACAGCUUUGAGGUCCUGAGGAAGCUUCUGGAAUCUCCCAUCACCCAGGACAUCAUCUGUGACGUGGGAAUGCCCAUAAUGCAUCACAAUGUCCGCUACAACUGUCGGGUGCUGUUCCUUAACAGAAAGAUUCUGCUGAUCAGACCUAAGAUGCUGAUGGCCAACCAUGGGAUUUACAGAGAGAUGCGCUGGUUCUCACCUUGGAAUCAGUUAAGGAAAGUAGAGGAGUAUUUCCUGCCCCGAAUGAUCCAGGAGGUAACAGGACAGGAUACAGUCCCAUUUGGUGACUGUGUGCUCUCCACAAAGGACACCUGCAUUGGCACUGAAAUCUGUGCAGAGCUAUGGAACCCCAGAAGCCCUCAUAUUCAGAUGGGUCUUGACGGGGUUGAAAUCUUUACCAACUCCUCUGCCAGCCACCAUGAGCUCCGCAAAGCUGACCAAAGAGUCAACCUGAUCAAGUCAGCCACCACCAAGAGUGGAGGUAUCUACUUGUAUGCCAAUCAGAGGGGCUGUGAUGGAGACCGGCUCUAUUACGAUGGUUGUGCUAUGGUGGCCAUAAACGGGGAUGUAGUGGCACAGGGAGCACAGUUCUCCCUAAAAGAUGUGGAGGUGAUUACAGCUACUCUUGACCUUGAGGAUGUGCGUAGUUACAGAGGAGAAAUGUGCCAGCCAAACAUGGAAAGUGAACACAAAUCUUGCCACAGGGUGAAAGUCGACUUCUCUUUAUCCAGUUGUGACGAUAUCUACCUCCCUACCCACCAACCAAUCACAUGGCACUUUCACACACCGGAGGAAGAGAUCAGUCUUGGACCUGCCUGCUGGCUGUGGGACUACCUGAGGAGAAGUGGACAGGCUGGUUUUCUGUUGCCUCUGAGUGGAGGCGUGGACAGUUCCUCCACCGCAUGUAUUGUCCACUCUAUGUGUGUGCUGCUUUGCCAGGCUGUAGAGGACGGCAACAGUCAGGUACUGCAGGAUGUUCGCCGGGUGGUCGGGGAUGAAUCCUACCGCCCUCAGCACCCAAAGGAGCUGUGUGGUCGUGUCUUCACCACCUGCUACAUGGCCAGUGAAAACUCCUCAGUGGACACCUGCAACCGGGCCAAAGACCUGGCCAAUCAGAUCGGCAGCUCACACAUGAACAUUAACAUAGACAUGGCAGUGAAAGGCAUUCUGGGUAUCUUCUCAGUGGUUACUGGGAAGUUGCCUCAGUUUCGCGCCAACGGAGGAAGUCACAGAGAAAACCUGGCUCUGCAGAACGUGCAGGCUCGGGUCAGAAUGGUCCUGGCCUACCUGUUUGCCCAGCUGAGUCUGUGGGCCAGAGGAAAACCAGGAGGCUUGCUGGUGCUGGGCUCAGCCAACGUAGAUGAGAGUCUUACAGGGUAUUUCACCAAGUACGACUGCUCCAGUGCUGACAUCAACCCGAUAGGAGGCAUCAGCAAGACUGACCUGAAGAGCUUCCUGCUUUACUGUGUGGAGCAGUUCCAGCUCACAGCUCUGAAAGGCAUCCUGGCUGCUCCGCCCACAGCUGAACUGGAGCCGCUGACAGAUGGACAGGUGUCACAGACAGAUGAGGCAGACAUGGGAAUGACCUACUCCGAGUUAUCAGUGUUUGGACGACUGAGGAAGAUUUCCAAAUGUGGCCCCUUCAGUAUGUUCUGCAAACUCAUCCACAUGUGGAAGGAUGCGCUCUCGCCUAUGGAGGUGGCGCAGAAGGUGAAGCGUUUCUUCGUGAUGUACUCGGUGAAUCGCCACAAGAUGACCACGGUGACGCCGGCCUACCACGCCGAGAGCUACAGCCCCGACGACAACCGCUUCGACCUCCGACCCUUCCUCUACAACGCACGAUGGACUUGGCAGUUCAGGAGCAUCGACAACCAGGUGUCCCAGAUGGCAAAAAACACCCCAAAGCAAUAAGAGCCUGAGGAGUCCAGUAUCCAGAGAAACCCAUAAGAACUGGGGCUGUAACCGUCAGAUAAUACUUGAUAGUUCUGAUUGGUCAAACAGUCUGACCAAGGCAAGAACCAUUUUUCUGGGACUGUAUAGAACCUUUGUUCUACCUCAGUAAAGCCAUAGAUAUUAAUUGAUUUAGCAUAUUUUGAGAAAUACAGAGUGACAGACUUGUGAUAAAUUGCAUUGAGGCAAACUUCUGUCACAAUUUCAGUGGAUUAUAUAUGUGGGGUUACUAAGCAUAUUUAUACAUGUGCUGAAAGCUCUGUAGGACAUACAUGUGAUUCAUUUUGAUCGUUUGAAGUUUGGAAUUUUAAAAUGUAUAUAAAUGUAUGUUUGUUGUAAUAGCCCACUUUAAACAAUCAUUAAUAAACUUUAUGCAUCAACUGA